AAAUAAAAAAAUUGCAAAUUUGUUUUUUAAAAUUUAGGAACCAAGGAGUAACUUCAAAUCUGAUUUUCAUUCCUCAACGCCAACGCCAACGCCAACGCCAACGCCAACGCCAACGCCAAUUCCAUUCAGAUCACAGUCCCUUCAAUUCCUGCUGCAGCAUACUGUGUGCAACAAAGCCCUAAAAUGGAGGGGACUGUCUUCACUCCUGCACUGCAAGAAAUUGAGCAUGUAAAGUCUGAUCAAGGAGAAAUUCUGAGCAAGCCUUUCUUGGAUGCGUGCAAGCACAUAUUGCCUGUAAUAGAUAAGUUUGGAGCUGCUAUGGCCCUUGUUAAAUCUGACAUAGGUGGUAACAUAUCGAGAUUGGAAACUAUGUAUUCUUCCAAUCCAUCCAGAUUUAACUACCUGUACAGUUUGGUACAGGUAGAGGUUGAAACUAAAACAGCUAAAUCAUCAUCCAGUUGUACCAAUGGACUUCUUUGGCUGACAAGAGCAAUGGAUUUCUUGGUGGCUUUGUUCCGAAACUUAAUCGAGCAUGAAGAUUGGCCAAUGUCACAAGCAUGUACAGAUUCGUAUAACAAGACUCUGAAGAAGUGGCAUGGUUGGCUUGCUAGUUCAAGCUUCACGGUUGUCAUGAAGCUUGCUCCUGAUAGGAAGAAGUUUAUGAACGUGAUAGGAGGCACUGGCGAUAUCAAUGCUGAUAUCGAGAAAUUUUGUACAACCUUUUCUCCUCUCCUUCAAGAGAUUCACAAGUUUUUGGCUCGAUUUCGCUUAGAUGAUAUGAAGGCAUCAUGAAUCACAGAUUCAGAAGUUCCUGACGAGUAGCUCUUGCAUGCUCACUCUCAUUUCAUAUCAACUUUAUUAGCAUGAUAAAUAAGCAUUGGCUUUCAUGUUGUGCCGUUAAGUACUCUAUUAACAUCAUGUAGUGUUUCUAUGUCAAUUUGUUACUAUCAGUUGGUUGUUUAUUAUGAAGGUUAAGGCUAAUGGAGUUUAGUAACUUGUUUUCUGCAAUACCGUAUAGAGUAUCUUGGUGAUUAUAGAGUACUAAUUGACUAGAAUCAAACUCAUCAAACUUUGGCUCAACAUAUGGAUGGCUGCUUGGUCAUAUAAAUCUUAUUCAAUUAUAAAACUUACUACUGUUUAUGAAAGUGAUGAAAGAUGUGA